CUACAGCAGACACUGACGGUGCUCUUUCUAUAUACGAGAGGCUGUUUAGUAAACUUAAUAAUAUUCAGUUAUUUUUUCCAUGACUGUAGUGCUGUGUAUCUAUUAACUCUACAAGUUUAGACACCUUCCAAAAAACAUCAUGAGAGUACUACGCCGAGGAGAAUUGUUUUUGUGGUUGGUGUUGUGUGGUGUUGAGUGGUCUAUACAAUCCAUUAAUAGCCUCUCCUUAAAGCCCGAUGGAAGCAGCGCUACUACCUCGCCACUGUCUGCUGUAAAUGGCACAAAGCUUCCCAUCACCUACUCUUCAGAGUCAUUGAUGAUGGGUAACCAAGAAGUGAUGCAGAAUUUUAAGGACGGGAGACGAGAGGAUAACUGCAGAGUCGUCAACACUUCGGUAUCUCGAUUGGGUCUUCAGGAGGUUGAGGAAGUGAGAUCGGAAGCUUUGAUUUUCUUCAUCCGCCCGAAGCCAUCUUUCAGGAAGCUGGUGUUCAAGAUAAAACUACAGAGUAGAUUAGAUAUAUCAGACAAAUUCACAGAUGAGGCCGUAGACCUUCACGCCACUGAUCUGAAGCACUGUGACUCAGAGCCGUGGACCCGCGUUGAGGUGGAGUAUUACGAGAAGUCUUCACGAGGACCUAACUCUCAUGCACUCCGUGUGACUGUCGGGGAAACUACACUCUCACUCGUGACGAACUAUUGGUGGGUGCUGUACAGGUAUACUGGCUUUGUAAUCUACGCCGAAGGAGAGGCACAGCUCCUCUUUAACUGCCUGCCUAAGAAUCUUAAGGAGACUCUUCUCCAUGAACUGUCGUUUGAUGGAGUCUGGCUAAUGGCUAGCCUCUUUAUCACAGCGACUCUCUUGUUGCUGGUGCUCCUCGGCGUCUGGCUAUCUGUAAGGUUUCAUAGAAGGAACCAAACCGCACCACAACCUUCAUCAUCACCUGUUUACGAAGAGUUCAACGAAGAUGUUCUGGAGAAUAUCCGUCAGAAGGUCGAAGCUCUACGAAGUGCUAAGUCUCAGUGUGACUUAAGACAGGGAAGUGUCGUUCAUUAUCACCCGGGCAAUGAAAAUCCUUACGUGAUGGAGGUGAGGUUACAGAAGGAGAGUGUGCAAAGAACAACGUUUGAGGAGGAAGUAGAGGUGGGCAGACAUCUUUACCAGAACGUAUAUUCUGUGAGGCCAACACCAACUGCUAGGAACUUUGGGAAAACAUCGAGUCCUGAGAUCGAGUAUCAAAACCUCUUACCUCUUGUGAACUCCCUCCAAGUCGAUGGUUAUUCUACUGACAAAGGUUCACCUGAAACAGCUGUCGCAGAGAGACCUUACCAGGACUUGUACUCUCUCAUCAAAUCCCAGGAAGAAGCAGUAAAAGAAAAUCACACUGACUCAGCUGAAAUACUAAAAGUAGAGGAAGGACAAUCCCAGAAAAUGUCGACAUCUGUGACUUCUCAAGAAAAGGUCGCUGGUAGGGUCUCCACUGCGGAAAACAAAGAACUUCUUCAAAGAUGCAUUUCUAUUUCCCUGGGGAUUGAGGGACCGACAUAUUAUCCUUCAGAAGAUCAUGAGGCCCAUCAGCGACGAAGACACGACAGGGGCUUCUGAUGCACUGAACAUUGCAGAGGAAUGGCUCUCCUCUCUUGUAUUAAUUUCUGUGUUGCUAAUAUUGAACAACUUUUGCGAAUGACAGUCCAGGUGACUGUAUGUUUGUGUGUGUGUGUGUGUGUCCGCACGAGAAUCUCGGAAACUACUUUGCCGAUCUGUAGUGAUGAUGGAUGGUGUU